AUGCACAUGUUAGUUGAAAGAGUCACAUCAAUCAAAAAGAUUAUAAUCCAAUUCGGAAAUCUACUUUUUUUUCUUUCACAGCCAGUUCAGAAAUCUGUUUCUUUUUCCCCAGCCAGUUCGGAAAUCUGUUUCUUUAUUUCCCAGCCAGUUCGGAAAUCUGUUUCUUUCUUCCCCAGCCUGCUCGGAAAUCUGUUUCUUUAUUUCCCAGCCUGCUCGGAAAUCUGUUUCUUUAUUUCCCAGCCAGUUCGGAAAUCUGUUUCUUUAUUUCCCAGCCAGUUCGGAAAUCUGUUUCUUUAUUUUCCAGCCAGUUCGGAAAUCUGUUUCUUUCUUCCCCAGCCUGCUCGGAAAUCUGUUUCUUUUUUCCCCAGCCUGCUCGGAAAUCUGUUUCUUUAUUUUCCAGCCAGUUCGGAAAUCUGUUUCUUUCUUCCCCAGCCUGCUCGGAAAUCUGUUUCUUUAUUUCCCAGCCAGUUCGGAAAUCUGUUUCAUUUUUCCCCCAGCCAAUUUGGAAAUUUGUUUCUUUCUUUUCCAGCCAGUUUGGAAAACUGUUUCUUUCUUCCACAGCCAGUUCGGAAAUCUGUUUCUUUAUUUCCCAGCCCGUUCGGAAAUCUGUUUCAUUUUUCCCCCUGCCAAUUUGGAAAUUUGUUUCUUUCUCUUCCAGCCAGUUUGGAAAACUGUUUCUUUCUUCCCCAGCCAUUUAGGAAAUCUGUUUCUUUCUUCCCCAGUCUUUUAGGAAAUCUUUUUCUUUCUUCCCCAGUCUGUUCAGAAAUUUUUUUUCUUCCCAGCCAAUUCAGAAAUCUUUUCUUCCCCAGCCAAUUCGGAAAUCUUUUUCUUUCUUUUUUUCUUUCUUCCCCAGCCACUUCCGAUAUCGUUUUCUUUCUUCCCCAGCCAAUUCGGAAAUCUUUUUCUUUCUUCCACAGCCAGUUCAGAAAUUUUUUUUCCAACCCUUGCAUCUAUCUAUCUAUCUAUCUCUAUCUAUCUCUAUCUAUCUAUCUCUCUAUCUAUCUCUAUCUCUAUCUAUCUCUAUCUCUAUCUAUCUCUAUCUAUCUCUAUCUCUAUCUCUAUCUAUCUCUAUCUAUCUCUAUCUCUAUCUCUAUCUAUCUCUAUCUAUCUAUCUAUCUAUCACACACACACACACACACACACACACACACACACACACACACACACACACAGAGGCGGGAUGCGGCUUUUUGUGCUAAUCGACUCUACUUCUUUUAUUACCCACCAUAUUUCAUUCACACUUUUCUUUCCACUUAUUUCUUCCUGUCCCCUGUGUUAGAAUUAGCGCUCCUUGUCCCUAAUGGGUUUGUCCGGUCGCUAUCGUUUCAUUUGUUGCCCGCAAGCAAGCCUAACAUCAAUCAUUUGAUCCCUCAUUUGAUUGGGGUUCAAACACUUUCAUACGCAUUAUUUAUCGAGCAUUCUUUCUCUGUAUUCUGCUUACACGCGUCAGUUAAAAACGCUGACACGAUGUCAGGUGGCAGAGGAAUCAGAGAGAGAGAGACAGAGAGAGAGAGAGAGAGAGAGAUUCUUUAA